CUGUCACGCUUGGGCGUUCAAGCACCCGCUUCUCAGUUCCAACUCUAGAUCUGUCCAGACGGCGCAGGCAGUGCUCGACGCUCUCACCGACGACAAGUCCCUCGACCCGCUUUCGAGCGCAUUGAUCGGAGGCUACGACUACAAAAUCUCAAAAAUGUCUGGACGCUCUCGCCAUACGAGUGCCAUCUUGGGACCAGAGUUGGCGGCCAGGCUGCCCGAAGUGAAGGUGCUGUUGGUCGGUGCUGGCGGCAUCGGAUGUGAAGUCUUGAAGAAUAUCGUCCUGGCAGGCUUCGGCAACAUCACUCUGCUCGACCUCGAUACCAUUGAUCUGUCGAACUUGAACAGACAGUUCUUGUUUAGGAAGAAAGAUGUCAAGCAGAGCAAGGCCAUGGUUGCAGCCAAGACAGCAUCGGCUUUCAACCCCAACGUGCGCAUACACCCUAUUCACGGCAACAUCAAGGAGCCCCAAUUUGACAUAUCAUGGUUCAGGGGCUUUGACCUUGUACUGAAUGCGCUCGACAACCUGGAUGCUCGGAGACAUGUGAACAAGAUGUGUAUGGCCGCGGAUGUUCCACUUAUGGAGUCUGGAACCGCUGGUUACCUUGGACAAGUACAGCCCAUCGUCAAGGACAAAUCCGAAUGCUUCGACUGUGUUCCUAAACCCACACCCAAAACAUUUCCAGUAUGCACCAUCCGCUCGACGCCGUCUCAGCCAAUACACUGUAUUGUGUGGGCGAAGAGCUACCUCAUCCCUCAAUUAUUCGGCGAAGAGGAAGAUUCGGGAGAAGAGCUUGACGAAGCGGAAAAACAGGGAGAGAACGCCCAAGAAAUUGCUACUCUUCGUAAAGAGGCACAGGCCUUCAAGAAAGUACGAAACGCCCUGCAACAGUCUGACGUCGGCAGUGACGACGCGGCUAGACUAGUCUUCAGCAAAGUCUUCCACGACGAUAUCAACAACCUCCUUUCUAUGGCCGACAUGUGGCGUACCCGUGCAAAACCAACUCCUCUGGAUUUCAACGGCAUCAAGAACGGCACUUUCUGUAUUGCGCAUAAACGCACAGGAGGCGCUCUGCAAGUCAAUGGCGGCUCAUCCAAGCAGCCUGCAGAUGGUGCGUUGGUCAAUGGUGACACUGCCGGUGGCAGUGCCGCCACUGAGAGGAUGCUGGAUGGCACUCCAUCUGCGAGCGGCUUGAAAGCUGGGUGGGGUUCCGCAGGCCUGAAGGAUCAGCGUGCCUUGACGCUGCAGGAUAACUUGGGGCUGUUCGUGUCGAGUACGAAUCGACUUGCUGCACGUAUCCGCAAUGGCGAGGAGACAAUCUCCUUUGACAAAGACGAUGGUGAUACCCUCGACUUUGUCACGGCAGCGGCGAACUUGCGAGCGGCUGCGUAUGGCAUUCACGGGAAGAGCAGAUGGGAGGUGAAAGAAAUGGCUGGUAAUAUUAUUCCUGCAAUAGCGACCACGAACGCCAUUAUCGCUGGUCUAGUCGUCCUACAGGCUCUCCAUCUACUUCGGAAGACCUAUAACAAGUUGCGGAAUGUACAUGUUCAAUUCCGUCCAUCACUCCCUCUAUCCACCAUCAACCUUAGCGCGCCGAACCCGAAGUGCGGCGUCUGCAGAGACACAUACGCUGAAGUUCUUUGCGACCCGUCACAGGUCACACUGCGCCAGGUUGUGGAGGGUAUCCUUGGUGAUGGUGAUGGUGAUGGUGAGGAUGGCGGCACAGGCCCGCGCGAUGUGAGUGUGUAUGAGGCACAGCGUGUUCUUAGCGACCCCGACUGGGACGACAAUCUCGACCGCGACCUUGAGGGCAUGGGUGUGACACGUGGGAAGUUCCUGUCGAUUGUGGAUGAAGACGGAGAGUAUGCGACGAUCCAGGUCGCGAUCGGACAGCUGCCACCGAAUCACCCCAUCGACGGCAAUACGCUCAUGCUACCCUACCCACUGCCGCGACCACCACGCAUUGUCAAGCCGACGGAGACCCCAGGUCUGAAGCGCGCUGCGCCGGAUGAUGAAGAGGAAGACGACAUCAUCGUAGAUGUACCGCCGGCGAAGCGGAUGCGGACGAACCCCACGGACACGGCGAACACCCUGCCUGCGAGUGUGACCGUGCCGGUGACGCCGAGCAAAAAACGGAAGCUGGAUGAAGACGGCAUCCUACUGCUCGAGUCGAAGGACGAGGUGGUUGAGGACGACGACGCGGUGGAGGUCAUCGAGCUUGAUUAGACGCUUUGAGACAUCGGGUCCAGUCUAUGCUAUCGCCUUCCUCCUGGCUGCGUGUAAGACUAACAUAGACCGCUGAGACUAAUUAUCUGUAUUCCCUUCUAGAGUCUCUUCCCUCUGUAAGUUGAAGUCAGUAGUUUAAGCUUGGUUCAAGCUUGGUUUUUAUCACCGCUCUUCUCCCGUCGGCAGACGUAGCGAAUUGCACAUUGUGCUUCGAUACCGGGCGCUUGUUGACCCUCUCCUUAUUGUUUCGUCCCGCAUGACUGUG